UGAUCGGCCGUGAUCUCCCAUGGGCCUCCUGCCGCUGUUCCUCCGGGCGGUCGCGAGGCUGGCGGCCUGCGUGGCGACCCGGCCGGUGACGGCGACGACGGCCACGGUGCUGUUCCACGCCGGGGUGCUGCCGAGGGACCCCGCGCUGGAGCGGCUGGUCUGCGACGACAUGCUCGACGGCGCCGGUGGCAGCGACGACUGCAUCAUCCUGCAUUUCGUCGUCGGUGUCAUGAGGUCCUUGGGCUAGCCUAUAGCUGCACCUGCAGUCCAAGCCACCCACCCACUACUGAUUUAGAUUUGACCUUUUCUUUUUCAGAAACUAAUGACCACAGUUCAUCAGUUCUCUGACUCAAAAUUACAGAGGAAUUCGCAUCAAAAAAAUUACAGUGGAAUUAAAGAAUAGCAUGCAAAUUUGACCUACUUUUAUCUUUAGAUGGACGGAAUUGAAACGAGACUGGUUGUUUGGGUUGACAAUUUAGCACAGCUACUAGUUGAAUAUUGAUUCGAAGAUCCAAGAAAAAUUAGAAUACUACUAGGUGGCAGUGAUUGAUCAGGAAUCCACAAGAACGUGCCUAGAAUUAUUAGGCAGUUCUGGUACCAGAGCCUGUCGACGUCGGCACCGCUUUGUGCGGCAACCGUCACAUGGUCUUCGUAUCCUAGGAGAAACAAGAAAUCAGGCAACCAUGCUGCCUAAUUUCGCUGAAGAAAAUGGCAUCUGCUUCGCUCCAGAGAUGAUGGGUGGUCUCAUCGGACAAAACUACAGAACUGACAGUAU